CUUAAUUACUCCAUGGUGCUUUGUCUACUGAUUAGCUGACUAAUGGUCGUCCUGCAUCUAGUUUCCAACUUUACAGGAAGUGAAACAUCCUCCAGUCUCACGGGGGCGUGUUCGGCUAUCAUCAUGAUGGCAGAGCUCCUGUGUAGCUAGUUUAGCUCUGUAAACACAUUCAGAAAUUGCUUAACUUCAGGAGCAAUUCUAACUCAUGAGCAGAUACCCUGUGGCUGCUUUCCGUCCACUUGUUAGCGGACUUUUCUUCUCAAUUCGCAGCUUAGCGGUAGCACGAAGCUAACUAGCCUCGGCUAGCUGCGAGAGCUAGCUGUGGAGCGGAGCCUCUGUCUUUAGCCAGAGCUGACUCCACUUUUAAUCUACUGUAAUGACACAGCCGUGUUAGCGGAAGAAGGGAGCUGGGAGACUGCCGUCGACGGUGCCGAUAACCGAGGAGCUUUCUGCGAAAUGACCGGCCCCGACGACGGACGCGGCUGGAUGAGUUAGCAAAAAUGUCCUGCAAAUCCACCAAAGUGGCCCCGAGUGUUGAUUUCGACCACAGCUGCUCCGACAGUGUGGAAUAUUUGACGCUCAACUUUGGCCCGUUCGAGACCGUCCACCGGUGGAGGAGACUCCCACCCUGUGAUGAGUUUGUGGGCGCAAGGCGCAGCAAACACACCGUCGUGGCCUACAGGGAUGCCAUUUACGUGUUUGGGGGAGACAAUGGGAAGAACAUGCUGAAUGAUUUGCUUCGGUUCGACGUGAAGGAUUGCUCCUGGUGUCGAGCUUUCACCACUGGAACUCCUCCGGCUCCCAGAUACCACCACUCUGCGGUGGUAUACGGAAGCAGCAUGUUUGUAUUUGGGGGCUACACUGGAGAUAUCUACUCAAAUUCAAACCUGAAAAACAAAAAUGACCUUUUUGAAUACAAGUUUGCCACAGGGCAGUGGACCGAGUGGAAAGUGGAAGGAAGCUUGCCAGUGGCCAGGUCUGCCCAUGGAGCUACAGUUUACAGCGAUAAGCUGUGGAUAUUUGCUGGCUAUGAUGGAAACGCAAGGCUGAAUGACAUGUGGACCAUCAGUCUGCAAGACCGAGAGCACGCGUGCUGGGAAGAGAUUGACCAGAGCGGUGAGAUCCCCCCCUCCUGCUGCAACUUCCCGGUGGCUGUCUGCAGGGAUAAGAUGUUUGUGUUUUCCGGUCAGAGUGGAGCCAAGAUCACAAAUAAUCUCUUUCAGUUUGAGUUUAAAGGCCACAUGUGGACGCGUAUCCCAACUGAGCAUUUACUGCGAGGCUCCCCGCCACCUCCCCAGAGACGCUAUGGACACACCAUGGUGGCUUUUGACCGCCACCUGUAUGUAUUUGGGGGCGCGGCUGACAACACUCUGCCCAAUGAGCUGCACUGCUACGAUGUGGACUCUCAGACCUGGGAGGUGAUCCAGCCCAGCCUCGACAGUGAGAUGCCCAGUGGGAGACUCUUCCAUGCUGCUGCUGUGAUUCAAGAUGCCAUGUACAUCUUUGGAGGGACGGUGGACAACAACGUACGCAGUGGGGAGAUGUACAGAUUCCAGUUCUCAAGCUACCCAAAGUGUACCCUCCACGAGGAUUACGGCAAACUGUGGGAGAAUCGGCAGUUUUGUGAUGUAGAGUUUAUACUAGGAGAGAGGGAGGAGAGAGUCUUGGGGCAUAUUGCCAUAGUGACUGCGAGAUGUCAGUGGCUGCGUAAGAAAAUCCUGCAGGCUCGGGAUAGGCAGCACCAGAAGACCAAGCAAGAGAGCAUCGAGGAGAGUGACGAGGGAGCAGCUGGAGGCCCGAGGGAUAUCCCAGCAAGCAAUAAGCCUUCAGGCAGACAGCCGCUGCUGGAGGUGUCCAUCAGAGAGGCAGAGGCCCAGCCGUUUGAAGUCUUGAUGCAGUUUCUCUACACAGACAAGAUCCAAUACCCCCGCAGAGGUCAUGUCCAGGACGUUCUUCUGAUCAUGGAUGUGUACAAACUGGCCCUCAGCUUUCAGCUCUCACGGCUGGAGCAGCUCUGUGUGCAGUACAUCGAGGCCUCUGUGGACUUGCAGAACGUUCUCAGCGUUUGUGAAAAUGCCAACAAGCUGCAACUGGACCAGCUUAAGGAGCACUGUCUAAAUUUUGUUGUGAAGGAGUCACACUUUAACCAGGUGAUCAUGACUAAAGAGUUUGAGCGUCUCUCCACCCCACUGAUCGUGGAGAUAGUGCGUCGAAAGCAGCAGCCUCCUCCCAGAGUUUAUUCAGACCAGCCCGUGGACAUUGGGACCUCCCUGGUCCAGGACAUGAAGGCUUACCUGGAGGGAGGCGGCCUGGAGUUCUGUGACAUCGUACUGCUGUUAGAUGGCCACCCAAGGCCCGCACACAAAGCCAUACUGGCAGCACGAUCCAGUUACUUUGAGGCAAUGUUCCGCUCCUUCAUGCCAGAGGACGGUCAGGUAAAUAUAUCCAUCGGGGAGAUGGUUCCCAGCAAGCAGGCCUUUGAGUCUAUGCUGCGUUACAUCUACUACGGGGACGUUAACAUGCCUCCUGAGGAUUCCCUCUAUCUGUUUGCGGCCCCGUAUUACUAUGGCUUCUCCAACAACAGGCUGCAGGCUUACUGCAAGCAGAAUCUGGAGAUGAACGUCACUGUGGAGAACGUCCUGCAGAUUCUGGAGGCAGCCGAUAAGACCCAGGCUCUUGACAUGAAGAAACACUGCCUCCAUAUUAUUGUCCACCAGUUCAUAAAGGUAUCCAAGCUCCCCAACCUGCGGUCUCUCAGCCAGCUGCUGUUGUUGGACAUCAUUGAGUCUCUAGCUACUCACAUAUCAGACAAACAGUGUGCCGAGAUGGGCUCCGAUAUUUAGGGUAACUCUGGAAAGUGAGGCGUUUUUUAUUCCUGUCCCUUUUUUUGUUUCCCCUUUUGCAGAAGCCAUAACUAUUUGCAACACCUAUGUCUGUUCAUUCCUAGAUUAGCCUGCACUUGAUUUCGACCUUGCAUGUCUCAGACCCCUGUACUAUAGUUGCUUUUUACUCACUCCGUAUCGGGUUGCUUUACGGAGUGAAACCAGUUUCUUGCUUAGAAUUUUUAUAAAAUGUAAAAAUCAACUGAUUAUGUUUGCGUUUUUGAUUAUUUAUUUCGUUUUAUACAUUCAAAAAAUGGCAGAGGUCCUUUUUUGCUCUGAAUGUGUCUUGACAGUUUAAAAAAUAUAUAUAACUAGUUUAUUGUAUAUACAUUUCUUUGUCACUGGAAAUGUGCCUGUGCAGUUGUCAGAUAUCUGUUCCUUGACCUUUAUACAUUACUUGUAUUAUUCUCAGCUGUGUCCCAGGUAAAAAAAAAAAACCUGUAUGAGACCGUGUAAGAAAUCCAAGUCUUUAGAUAAAUAUAAUCAGUAAGUGUGGAACAUUUGUUUUACAGACUGUAACUAGACUCAAAAUCUAUGCAUACAACGUAUUUAUGUGCAAUGGAGAUGUCAUGAUAGUGUUAUGAAAUAUAGACCCACAUGAGAUUCAUGUAUUUAAUGCCUUAAUAAAUCUCUCUGCAAAUGA